GUGAGCGCGCAGGUGAACGCCGUGCCGCGAGAGCCCGAGAGGGGGAGCCAGAGCUGAUCCCGGCCAGUCUCAGCAUCUGACACACAGCGCGGCUGCCCGGCUCCCCCCCUCCGGCAGGUGACAUGGUCUGAUCCGAGACCAGCGGAUUCUCUCACUGGAGGACAGUUGUUUCCUACUCAAUGGCAGAAGACAAUGAGACCUCAGUAGGAAGUUCACCCGUGUCCUCCCCAGUGGAUGAAAAUUCUGCUGAUCCCCAUCAAGGCUAUAUCUGCACUUUGACCCCUGAACUUAUCCUAAAAGCCAGAGAAGAACUGCAAGAAAAGCCUGAAUGGAGGCUACGUGAUGUGCAGGCUCUGCGGGACAUGGUAUGCAAGGAUUACCCCUAUCUGAAGACCCGUGUCGAUGACUCUUUCCUACUCCGGUUCCUGAGAGCAAGGAAAUUUGAUUAUGACCGUGCUUUACAGCUCCUGGUGAACUAUUACAGCUGCCGGAAAAACUGGCCCGAGGUCUUCAAUGAUCUAAGACCCUCCGCUAUAAAGCCCGUGUUGGACUCUGGAUUUAUUACAGUCCUUCCUCACACAGAUCACAUGGGCCGUCGGAUUGUUUGUAUUCGGCCUGGUCAGUGGAGUCCCAGAAAUUAUCCUAUGACUGAGAAUGUUCGGGCCAUAUAUCUCUCUCUGGAAAAACUGGUGGAGUCGGAGGAAACACAAGUUAAUGGUAUUGUAAUCCUUGCAGACUACAACAACGUCGGCUUGUCUCAAGCUUCCCAUUUCGGCCCAUUUAUGGCCAAAAAAGUCAUUGGGAUUCUUCAGGAUGGCUUUCCCAUCAGGAUAAAGGCCGUAAAUGUUAUAAAUGAACCAAGAAUAUUUAAAGGUAUUUUUGCUGUUCUGAAGCCAUUUCUGAAAGAGAAACUGGUGAAUCGGUUCUUUCUCCAUGGGUCAGACUUGAACUCCCUACACAAAAACAUUCCAAAUGAUAUCCUGCCAGAUGAAUAUGGAGGAACGGUGGGGAAGCUCGAUCCAUCUGCAUGGGGUCAGGUACUUCUGACCUCUGAAGAAGACAUUGCUGAAAGCCUUUGCCGGGCUCAUCCUGCCUGUGAAGGCUCCUUGCAAGGGUUUGUAGAGGACAAUAGUGAGUUUGACUACUUGCAGUGUGAAGAAACAGCACGCGGGGUAAAAUCACAGCUAUACUGUUACUGAACGACAUCUCAUCUCCGAUAUUGGGUAUAUAUUAUGUCUGUGCGUGUGUUUUAUACAGCAGCAGAGCUGUAGCUAAAACUCUAAAUAAAUGUAUACCUAUUUUAUAUGUGGGUUUUUUUAAUCCGUUCCCUUGUGUAGUCUUUUAACCAAACGUAUAUAACCCAUAAUGCUUUGCCAGUCUUAGAGAGGCAUAGCACUACAGUAGCUGAGAGGGUACUUUUUUGGCCUUAAAUGAAAUUAUUUGCCAAAUCAUAAUAGGCCAAAUGUUAUCGAGGUAACACGUUCUGACCGUAAACCGCUUACGCUUUAUUUCAAAGAUAUUCAAAUAGUUGCCUUCCUACUGCUGGCAACUCCCACAAGCCUUUGCCAGGCGCUCCCUGUGUUUCUGGCUGUCAAAAGGGUCCAGUAUUUCAUUACUAGUUUGUGGUGUUUAAAGGUCUUCUGUAAGGGAGAAUAAAGAGGUUUCAGUGAUGUAUGAGUGAGAAAGAGAGAUAUUUUUCAACUCGAAUAUUAAUUUGAUAAUGUCAAAAAAAAUACACUGCUGUUGCGUUACCUGUAAAACGUGUUGUCUGCUGUUACUUGAUUUUUAUGUGCCCACUUGGUAUUUCACCAAAAUAAACCUGCAGCGAUCAGCCAUUUUGGUUUUCCAAUAACCCUCCUGUGGGGUUGAUUAUUAUUAGAUCAAUUUGUAUAAAAUGCAAUUAUUGUUGUAUCUAGAUGCACUUUGUGUACACAAUUCUACAAAGCAUUCUCUGUGUAUUAUGUUUUAAUGUAUAUCAGAUGCAUAUAUACACUGUCGGCAGUGAACAGUAUACAUUGUAUAGAGGGGGAUUACUCCGAAUAUAUUUUAUAGGUAUUUAUUAUUCAUGUUAAAGGACAAUGGUCGCCACAAAACAAUUUUUUUAAUCUAGUAAUCCUUUCAUCAAGUUUUGAAAGGAAAGCUAUUUUUUUUUAUAUGAUGUAUAUGUAAAAAGGAAAAAUAGAAGAGCUUUAAUAUAUCUACCUUUUAAUAUAUGACCGGAUCCUUCAGCCACAUACAUGCACCUUUGGUCAGUCAGUGUUUGAAAACCGACAGCCUUGUGGUCUUCCUCCUUUUUUCCAUAUACCUAAUUAAAAACAAAAUGUAUUUCCAUUCGAAACUUGAUAAAAGGAUUAUUAUAGAAAAAAAAAAAGAUUUCUU